CAAGCCAUGACCAAGAACAAUCACCUCAACCGCCACUGGACUUCUCUUCUGCUCAUCAACACCACCCCUCACCCACGACAAUGGCUGCUCUGCGCCCCGCAUCUCGCCGUCUGCUCUCACAGUCUCUACUCGUUCCGCAGAAGCGGUCCUUUGCGACUGCAGUUGCCGAUCAGCCUCCGCCGACCACAACACCGCGCCCCGCGACAUCUUUCACAGACCGCUUGAACAAUGGCCCGUCCUUUGGCGACUUUGUCAGCACACCAAAAGAGACGGUUCUGACUUCAGAAGAGCUUUACGAGCUGCGCGAAGUAGAAAUUGGCCCUGCCGGGCGGAAACGAAAACACACUCGACUUCCCGAAUGGCUGAAAACGCCCGUGCCUUCGAAUAACAACUACAAGAAGAUCAAGUCAGAUCUGAGGGGGCUGGGCUUACACACGGUGUGCGAGGAGGCACGAUGUCCGAACAUCAGCGAUUGCUGGGGAGGGUCGAAUAAAUCUGCUGCCACUGCAACUAUUAUGCUGAUGGGCGAUACGUGCACGAGAGGAUGCAGAUUCUGCUCCGUCAAGACGAGUAACAAACCUCCUCCUCUGGAUCCUCACGAGCCUGAGAAUACCGCUGAGGCGCUGAAGAGGUGGGGUCUGGGUUACGUGGUGCUAACAUCUGUGGAUCGGGAUGACCUGGCGGACGGAGGUGCGAGGCAUUUUGCUGAGACGAUCAUGAAGAUCAAGCAAAAAGCGCCACACAUGCUUGUUGAAGCGCUGACAGGUGACUAUGCUGGAGACUUGGAGAUGGUCAAACUGGUCGCUCAAAGUGGACUGGACGUGUAUGCGCAUAACAUGGAAACGACAGAGGAGCUGACGCCGAUGGUUCGGGAUCGGAGAGCCCAAUUUAGACAAUCGCUCGCUGUGCUGGAAGCCGCAAAAGCGGCGAAGCCCACUCUCAUUACGAAGACGAGUAUCAUGUUGGGACUUGGCGAGACCGAGGAGCAGCUUUGGAAUACGUUGAAAGAGCUGAGGAAAGUGAAUGUGGAUGUCGUAACCUUUGGGCAGUACAUGCGGCCUACGAAGAGACACAUGAAGGUCCAUGAGUACAUUACACCGGACGCUUUCGAGCUCUGGCGACAGAGGGCCUUGGACUUGGGGUUCUUGUACUGCGCUUCUGGGCCAUUGGUGCGGAGCUCCUACAAGGCAGGCGAGGCUUUCAUUGAGAAUGUGCUGAAGAAGAGGGCUAAACAUGAUACGCUGCUGAGUGCGGAGAGUGUCGGGAGAUUUGCGGACAUGAAGGUGGUGGAGUAAUGAGGUGUAGGGGUGGCGUUUGGAAGGAGUUUUGGCAGCAUCAGGCGUGCAUUGCGAGGCCUAGGUGCACCAAGCACUAAAUUGACAGCUAUUGAAUUGGGAGCCAAGGAUGAGACGCACACUUUGCUGCAACCAGUGCCAAUCUGAUCAGAUUAGUACAUCCAAUUUAGUCAAAACUUGGAUGCUGUUUUGCCGUUGUGGAGUAGAAGGAAUGGGCACUCAUAGUACUGUACCUUUUCUAGACUCCAUCGAGUCGUUACCACACUCGGCAGACGGUACAGCGACGGUAUCCUAAUGUUGGCGGAACGAGAUAUGGAGCCAUCACCGCGACGACAGCAGC